UGGGGAAACUGACGCUAGAUCCGCCGACCUCUUGCAAUGUCUAUGAGAGUGAGAAAAUGGAGAGAAUUGCCAGAAGGAUGGUGUUUGCGAGAUUGGAGAAGGGCAUCGCGACGCUGGUUGAUGAAAAAGCGGCGGCUUGAGUGGGCAAGGGUGUCCCCUCUGUAGUCUUCGGUCGGCAGUUGGCAGUUGUUUCUCUCUCUGUCAUUUACAUCUCCUCGUUCGACCUUCUCUCACUGCCCAGUUAGCCCAUAUCAUAUCCGCUGUGUGUGCUGGCGUGCACGGGACUUGCACACAUUGCUUAAAGGACGAACGUACCUCCUCCUCCAUCGUCUGCUCCGUGGCUUCAUCUUUUGGGCUUAAUCCCUCCUGCCUCUCGCUUUGCUCUCUCCUCUCCUCCCACCUUAGGAAUUCCGUGUCCUGGUAGGCAUGGGGGAGACGAUCUGAACUUGACUUCCUCUCUUUCUCUCUCUGCCCGUCUGUACGCGUUUUCUCUGCAUCGCUUUCGCUCGUUCCUCUGUGUACGUCUGCUUUGCGCUGUCUUCUCUUCUGUCUCUAUCACGACUGCGAUUUCCUGCUGAUCUCUCUGUCUGCCUGCCUGCCUGUCUGCCGCUCAUUGUGCGCCCGUCCUCUCUCUCUCUCUCUCUGGUGUCCGUUUCCUCUGUGUUCCCCUCUCUCCCUCCUUUCCUUCCCGCCUUUCUUUGGUUCCUUGUCUCGUUCCCCCUCUCGUACGUUGUUCUGUCUGCAAGCCCAGGCGAUGUGUUUCGGGCACGGUGAGGUCUUCUUCACUUUACCGAGGCCACGUGUCGGCAGGAGAUAGCCUGUGUGAAGUAGAGAUGGAGGGCAGAUGAUGGCAGCGGGCGAUAAGUGGGUAUGAAGCACGCAGGGGGGGGGCGUUAUUGAGAUCGGAGCGGUAGGGAAGCUGCUGACGUGGCGACUGACCUGGCGUUAGAUUGACUGGAGGAUCAGGAUAUGAAGACAUGGAUUGUCAUCGGUGGUGCCUUUGUCGGCUCUUGUGAAUCGUAGGCAAGGGCAGAGAAUGAAGUCGUGAUGAUUGAUCGGCUCAACGACGACUGGCUGUAGUGCUAAAUUGCUGCCAAAGCGCAUCCAACGCAGGAGGAGGAGGUGGUGCUUUAAUCAUCGUCUAUGUUACGUUAGCUAGGUACAAGUGGAAGUGCAACGAGCCAGCCGACGUCGCAGUUCGAGUCUGUUUCCAGUCAAUCAAGCCGAAAACGACCUAAUCAACCGGCGAGAUUCCGGAACCAGAACGGGUGCGCGGGGAAGGGGACGGUAUAAACCACUGAGAACACCCCAGAAAUUCCGUAUCUGUCCCUCCCUCUACCGAUCAACCAACCAAUGUCUCAGAGAUUCAGAGGACUAGGUGUAAGAGGGUAGAGAGAGAGAGAGAGAGAGAGAGAGAGAGAGAGAGACCCCAUCAACCAAUCAAUCUGUCGAAGAGAUUUAGAGGACUAGGUGUAAGAGGGUAGAGAGAAGCGCAGAGAGAGAGAGAGAGAGAGAGAGAGAGAGAGAGAGAGAGAGAGAGAGAGAGAGAGAGAGAGAGAGAGAUGGAAAAGGGUCGGUGAAGCGGAUACCGUGUUCUGAUCAAAGCUGUGAGGGCCGGCAUCGGUGAAGUGAAGAUUUGAGGAUUUGUGGUGAAUUAGGGUUUUUCUCGUUUUCUUCGGUUUCGGAGGAUAAAAAUUCUUUUGUAGUGAAGGAAGGGAGAGGGGACAAGAUGAGUCGACCUCAGAAUAAACGGCAAACACUGAAGAUGGACCCGUUCCGGCAUCGAGUAGAGGCGGACCCCCACUACGCGGAGAACUCGUGGAAGAAGUUGGACGACGCGAUCCAACAGAUUUACAGCCAUAAUGCGGGCGGGUUAAGUUUCGAGGUCUUGUACAGAACCGCAUACAACAUGGUUCUCUUCAAAUACGGGGACAAGCUGUACUCGGGUCUGGUGCAGACAAUGACGAAUCAUCUGCGUGAUAUUGCAAGGACGAUUGAGGCGGCCCAAGGAAGUAUGUUUUUGGUGGAGUUGAACAACCAGUGGAUGGAGCACGGCAGAUCGUUACAGAUGAUACGAGACAUUCUUAUGUACAUGGACAGGACGUAUGUGAACAAGAACAAUAAGGUGAAGGUUCAUGACCUUGGGUUAAAGCUCUGGCAGGAGCAGGUCAUCCUGGCGCCGAAGAUAAGAGAUCAACUGAGGGAAACACUGCUAGACAUGGUGCACAAGGAGCGGACGGGCGAAAUCAUUAAUCGAGGACUUCUGAGGAAUAUCACACAGAUGCUGAUGGAUCUGGGGGAGAAGGUGUAUCAGGAGGAGUUUGAGAGGCCGUUCCUGGAUGCGGCUACGGAUUUCUAUCGGAUAGAGUCGCAGCAGUACAUUGCCACGUGCGACUGCGGCGACUACUUAAAGAAAGCGGAGAAACGGCUCAACGAGGAGAUAGAAAGGGUUUCCCAUUACCUGGACCAGAAGACUGAGGCAAAGAUCACAGAUGUUGUGGAACGGCAAAUGAUCGGCAAUCAUAUGAAACAUUUGGUGGAGAUGGAGAACUCCGGCCUCGUGCAGAUGCUAGUGGAUGACCGAUACGAGGAUUUGGCAAGGAUUUUCCAGCUCUUCAAGAGGCUGUCGAAUGGUCUACCAACAAUACGGGAGCUAAUGACCACUCACGUGCGCGAAACAGGGCGGCAGCUGGUUGUGGACCCGGAGCGGUCAAAAGACCCUGUUGAGUUUGUGCAGCGUCUGCUUGACGAGAAGGAGAAGUAUGACAAGAUCAUCAGCCGGUCUUUCAAUAACGACAAAGGGUUUCAUAAUGCGCUCAAUUCGUCCUUUGAGUACUUCAUUAACUUGAAUCCGCGCUCACCUGAGUUCAUCUCCCUGUUCGUGGAUGACAAGCUGCGCAAGGGGUUGAAAGGUGUGAGCGAAGAGGAUGUCGAGAUCGUUCUGGACAAGGUCAUGAUGCUGUUCCGUUAUUUACAAGAGAAGGAUGUGUUCGAGAAGUAUUAUAAGCAGCAUUUGGCGAAGAGGCUGCUUUCGGGGCGAACUGUCUCUGACGACGCGGAACGCAGUUUGAUUGUCAAGCUGAAGACGGAGUGUGGAUACCAGUUUACGUCGAAGCUGGAGGGGAUGUUUACGGACAUGAAGACCUCCAAGGACACAAUGCAAGGGUUCCAGACGUACCUGGCACAGACAGAAGGCAGCACCAACGCAGAAGGAACGACGCUCUCGGUGCAAGUUCUGACGACAGGUUCGUGGCCAACUCAAGCAGGCGCGAGGUGCAAUCUGCCGGCAGAAAUUCUCACGCUGUGUAAUAAGUUCAAGCAGUACUACCUGUCAACGCACACGGGAAGGCGGCUGACAUGGCAAACGAAUAUGGGCUCCGCAGACUUGAAGGCAACCUUCGCCUCGGGCGAAAAACACGAGCUCAAUGUCUCGACCUAUCAAAUGUGCAUUCUGCUGCUUUUCAACGACUCAGACCGGUUAUCGUGUAGAGAGAUUGCACAAGCGACGGACAUUCCAUCACAGGAUCUGAAGAGGAAUCUCCAAUCGCUUGCAUGUGUGAAGGGCAAGAACGUUCUGCGGAAAGAACCGAUGAGCAAAGACAUUGGUCCCGACGAUGUGUUCUUUUUCAAUGACAAGUUCACUAGCAAGUUUUACAAGGUGAAGAUUGGAACUGUAGCAGCGCAGAAGGAGAGCGAGCCGGAGAAGCUUGAGACUCGACAAAAGGUGGAAGAAGAUAGAAAGCCGCAGAUCGAAGCGGCAAUUGUCAGAAUCAUGAAGUCGAGGCGUGUUCUCGACCAUAACAACAUCAUUAGUGAGGUCACGAAACAGCUGCAGUCAAGAUUCUUGCCUAAUCCUGCUGUAAUUAAAAAGCGGAUUGAGAGUUUGAUCGAGAGGGAGUUUCUGGAGAGAGACCGUAAUGACAGAAAGCUGUACCGUUACCUUGCGUGAACGUCCAUGGAACACUUGGGCAUGUUCUUCUUCAGAGCAUUGCCAGUUUCUCCAAGUCAGCAGUGCCGGCAGCAAAGGAUAAGCGACAAGCUCAUGAAAGCAACAGGAUAACGGGGGCCACACUACGACUUGCAUGACUGGGAGAGUUUCUCUUCUUGAUGCUCUGGAAGGGACAGAGGGGUAGCGAAGCUGGAGAUGAAGAUGGUGUUGACAAUCACAUUCCUCUUGCAAUGGCAGUGGGGUGUUCUUCUACCUUUUUAAAACAUUCUCUCUCUCCCCCCUCUCUCUCUCUCUCUGUGUUUCUUUCUCUCUUACUCCCCUCUGGCUCUCCCCCCCCCCAAAAAAAAAACUUCUUUAUCUCUGUGUCUGCUUCUCUGCUGCCAAGAGCCAGGAUCGGAGUUGUGGUGGUGAAUUGGAUGGGUGUACAGGGUUCUUCGGCAGAAGCAAGAGAGAGCAGAGGAUGACAUGAAAACCUUCAAUGAUGGUACCCUCAGCUCUGAGGUCUUUGACCAGCUCCACUGCACCUAAUUUGGUUUGAUUGUGUGUGCGUGAUGAAGGGAUGUGAGUGAUGGUGGGUGCGGGUCAUGGAUGGAGGCAGGUGUCGGAAUGCGGGCGAGCACUUCUGAUCGUGAGAACAUCUGUUCUAGCUUUUUGACUCAGGUGGUGUCAUGGCAUACAUGUUGGGAAGGAGGACCUUGGCAGAAGUGAAGUUGAGUUGCAGUUGCCGGCACGGAGUGGAGGUGGGUGUGGGAAAAAGUGGGCUGCGAUGCGUGAUCAUGGAGAGCGCCAGUGAGACCUGAGAACACACACGUUCAGCAUUAUGGAUGGAGGCAGGAAGUUGGAAGAAAUGGACAGAGACAAAGAUGAGUUGCGAUUGCCGGCACGGGAUGUGAUGACUUCACCUACUCAGCACGUUCUUAAUGGUUUUGGCCUCCGUAAGUUAGCAAGAGGAGGUGGCCGUGUUGAAAGCUCUGCUGUGCACGUGACCCUGUCUGCUGCAUAUGCGCGUGCAUGCAAGGUAGGUAUGAUGCAGGGUAUGCUUUUCAUUUCUGGAAAGAUUCGUCGUGAACGAGGUGAAAGGCGACCGGUCCUCGAUGAGGGAGAAGUGAACUGUGCUAAAAGUGUGAGCGACAAUGGAGGUGGUCAGGUGGGAACCAUGCAUGUGGAAAUUGGUGGUUCUGGUAGACUGACCCGUAGAUGGGCAAAUGGGGGGAUGAACGAGCAAGUGGAAUCGGUGUGUAGAAGAUGUGCCUGGAGCACACAAGUGCCUGUGCAUCAAUGCAAGGAAGGGGGUUAAUCGUGUUUGGUAGUUGACGCAACGUGCAAGAGUUUUCUAUGCUUAGGUUUCGGUUCGCGCUGAGAAGAGGAGGAUGGUUGGAGGCGGGGGAAGGUUGUGUUCCCCCCUCCCUGUUGGGUGUUCCUUCAGCCAGCUGGACGGUGCAGUUCGCAAGACCACUUUGUUUAUACACUGACGGUGGUAUUGCCGAGUGAGCAGUCUCUCCCAGCUCAGUGUCGUCUUUAACACGUUGCGCUUGGUUUCUGCGAUGCUCGUGUGAAUGUGUUCUGUUCCUCUGUGACUCCGUUGUAAUAGUAAAACAAUGUCUGUCUGGUGCCUGUUCAUGUUGAUGACUAUGAAUCUUAUGAUGGUUUGUGGUCUCCCAAUUACUCCUGUGGAUUAGUAGAGAUGCCUAUGUGGAGGGAUCUGUGGAGUCGUUUCCUGGCAUUCGUUGUUUGUCAACGAGCUGUCAAGUAGAAGCACUUUGGCAAGAGUGGGCUGCUUCCUGGGCGAUCAUCUAUAUGUUUAUUUGUUCGUUGUAUGUGGGAAAAAAGUAGAGUUUCUUCGCAGUGGGGGAAGGUGUUGCCCAGCCACCAGAGAUUGAUGUCUCAAAUUGUUGGUUCUGUUGUUUGGGAGGCAUCGGAGUUUCCGUGAUUGAAAUCAGGAGGGAUUUGUGAACUAAUAUGAAGGGGGGAUUGGUGUUGGCCUUCAACUGUCUUUCCCCUAUGUGUGUAGGUGUGUGCGCAGAUGGGGUGCCGUACUCAGGUUAAGGGAAGAGGCAAGUGCAUAUGCGUUGCGCAUGCGGAACGCAUGCGGGGAGACAGGUGUAUGCCUGCUGGUUUGAUUCACACUGAGUGCGACGGGAGUAGCGAGGUAGAGAGCUGCAGUAGGGAGGGCGCGGAAGAAGGAGAGGAAGGUAGGCUUGCAUCCAACAAGCUAGGUGGUUUGAAAUGCUAGUUAGCGCGACUGACAACUGUAAUCUGUUCAGUAUUCCAACUUUGAAUUUUCUCCAGUCUCUGCACGAUGGUCGUUUUUAGCGCAUCCAAAUUGCAUUUUGUGGGCUUCAUUUGCUGGUCCAUCUUCCUCCUCCCGUCGCCACUUUUUCUUAGUUGUGAAUAGGGCGUACUCACACUAGCUGUAUCGGAAAUGCAUCUGACAGCAUUUAUGGGCGGGACCUGGAUGUGUCUGACUGCAAUCGAGUCCAUAAGUAAAAAUGUCCCUAGUGU